ACCACCACCACCACCACCCUCACCACCACCACCCUCACCACCUUCACCACACCCCUCCUCAGCUCCUCAGACACCCCCUCUCAGACACCCCCCUCCUCAGACACCCCCGUUCAUAUAUGUUUAGCCCUGGAGUUUGUUCCUACAAUUGAGUGUGACGUCAUAAAAAACUUAAGUUAA